AUGAAUCGAAAAGAUGUAAACGGAUUUCCGAACCAACAAUCUCUACGAACGCAAGAAUUUCAACGAUAUGAUGGUUGGUAUAAUAAUCUUGCAAAUCGCGAUUGGGGAAGCGCAGGCAGUCGCCUCCAUCGAGAUUCCCCGUCAAACUAUGAAGAUGGUGUGUAUAUGAUGAAUUUAUCACUGCCCUCAGCUCGAGUACUUUCUGAUCUCGUUUUCAAAGGAAAAGCUGGCUUACCAAAUGCACGAAAUCUUACCACAAUGUUCGCUUUCUUCAGUCAAGUUGUUGCCUAUGAAAUUAUGUCUUCGACUGCUACCAGCUGUCCACUAGAAGUGAUGAAAAUACCGGUUCCGCCUGGAGAUCCA